UAUGGCGAUAUUUUUUAAAUACAAAUUUGCCAAAUAAUUAUUUGAAUAAUUUUUCAGUCUUUAUUUCAUAAAAAAGUAGAAUCAAAAAGGGCCAAAAAUUAAAAGAGGGUCUGGUAAAAAAGGUACGACAGAGACCAACCGUGCUCUCUAAAUACAGAUUUAACCUCACCUGUGGUGCAUUGUUCAUUAUGAAGGCUUCAUCUGGCAGCGGUGCUUGUAACUCUUCAAACGUGUAAUAAUCCUUUACAACAUAUCUGUCAUGUAACAAAAACUGAGUUCAGAUCAGUUAAAACAAAAUAUCUAAUAAUUCUAUUGGUUGAAUUUAAAUGACUUAAGAAAAUAAUUUUCACUGAAUACUUCAAAGGUUGAAGUUUUACAACAUUUGUUGUAUUCUAUAAUGUAAAGUAUUUGUUAUACAUGCUUUGUUUAAUAACGCACAUUUGUAUGCACAUAGAAGUUGUUCUGUAUAAAGGAAAUGUUAUCAAAAAAUUAUCUUUUCCAAUUAAACAUGCUUCUAUAAGUACCAAGAGUUUGAGUUAAGAAGUAUUACAUGGUGUUACUAUGUAGCUAGUUGUAAAUUAUAUUAGAAAAGUAAUUUUCCUUACAAUUAUUGUUUUCAAUAAGUUUAUACAAAAUUAUUUAUUUUAUAAUGUCAUAUAAUGAUUUAUUUGCAACUCAAUUUUGUAAAUAAAGUGAUUGCAUAAUAAAUAAAUUGUUAAUUAAGUAUUGAUUACAAUAGUAAAAGCAUAACAUUCAUAAAGUACUAUUGUAUGUAUCAUCAAGAACAAUGACAAACACAGAAGCAGUUGAAAAUAUGACAAUUUUAGAACCAUUGAGAUUGAGCCAUACUAAACCAUCCUUUAGUGCUCAAGAAUCAACUAUAGCUUCACGUCAAGACUUAUGGCACAAAUUCAUUCUCUUUGGUAUUGGACAAUAUAAAGCAAAGGAAGUAUUAAGAGUAAUCAUUCUUGCUUGUGAACCUGAAAUAAUACUGCCUGUUAUGUAUAAAGAAGAAGAACCAAAUAAGAGUAAUUUCAUAGCAAAGUGUAACUCCAAUGCUAUUGAAAAGCUUGUGAAGCAAGGCUUAUGUAUAGCUUUGCCAAAUGGACAAGAGUUGCACAUAGAUAUUGUGUUGGGAUACUUAAAUUCUCAGGAUCUACAAUUAAAUCCAAACAGAGUGAUAGCCCAAGCAUUAUAUUAUAGAUACGAGCCAACUAAAAAGGUAUUGAAUCUUGAUGAUUUUGAGAAUGAAAAAUCACUAGGCUCUAUAUUUUGUCCUAUAUCUUUGCCUAAAGUAUUGCACUUUGUUCUAAGAUGUACCAAAAUGGGAAUUUUAAGUAACAAUCGUGAUUCAAAGUUACCUGUUAGAGAAUUAAGUUUAAGAUAUAAUAAAAUCACAGCCAUUGUCCUUCUUGAAAAAUUCUUUAACUACCAUUUAACAAAAUUGGAUCUAAGGCACAAUCAAAUUGGUGAUGUGGAAUAUUUAAGGUAUUUUAGUGAAUUCAAAAUAAGCGAACUUUGGUUGGAUGGAAAUCCAUUAUGUACAAAAUACAAUAAAUGUCAGGACUAUGUACAAGCAGUAAAAAAUGUUUUUCCUCAUUUACAAAAAUUGGACGGAAUUGUAAUAGGUAUGGAGCAAAAAUUUGUCCCUAAUAUUCAGAGUACUUUUCUAAGAGAUGGUACAAAAACUUGUCUCAUCAAACAAUUUGUAAAGCAUUAUUUUACAUUAUAUGAUCAAAAUGAUAGACAAAUAAUGAAUGGCUUAUAUGAUAGAGAUGCUCUUUAUUCUAUGACACUAGGACCUGUGUCAAAUUAUGUUCAUAAACAGUUAACUAAAACGUUUGGAGCAAAUAGGAAUCUACUUAAAUUUGUUGACUAUGCCAAAUGUCAAGACUUUUUAUUACGUGGUCCAGAGAAAAUUAUAUCAACAUUUAGAAGUCAACCACCUACUAUACAUCAUUUAAAAACAUUUCAAGUAGAUUUACUACACGAAGGGGAAUUACAUCUUGCAAUUUCUGUACAAGGAUUAUUUUCAUUUAGAGAAGUUUCAUGUCCACCAAUGUUUUUCAACAGAACUUUCAUUAUCAUGAAAAAAGAAGAUGAUGAAUAUUGUAUUACUAACGAUCAGUGUUAUCUUGAUGGAACACCUGCUAAUAGUAAUUCAUCAGGAACACAUAACAAUGAAGUAAAAUUUGAAACAAAAAGUGCACCAAAAUUUGUUCCAACUGUUUUUAGUGUUUCUGAGAAGGAUCAGUUACUUACGUUUCUACAUGAACUGACUACAAUGAACAUGAAAUAUUGUCACCAAUACCUUGAAGAUGCCAAUUGGGAUAUAAGAACUGCUAUCACAACGUUCAUGAACAUGUACACAGUUAACAAUGUACCACCAGCAGCUUUUUUAUGACUUGUUAGACGUAUCUUAGUCUAUUGUAUAUACCUAUAAUAUUAUUUAUAAUAUGUUUGUAAUACAAUAAGAACAUUUUAUAACCUCAGAUAAAGUAGCUAACAAUGAUGGCCAAUGUUGUGGGAUAAUGGGAUCCGAUGGCGGAGGAGUAGGAGGAAUCGUAAUUAAAACCUCUU